UUAUUUGAAAACAUAACAUGACUAUCUUCUUUUUGUUGUUAUAAUAUGACAGAUUUUGCACUCAGCUAUGGGGAAGCCUAUGAACUAGUCCAACAUACUCCAAGCCCCAUAAUUUCAGCUACAAUUUUCAAUCCCUAACGGCCAUCUUCCAUGGAUCCCCUCACACUCCUCCGCGAGUACACUAUCCGCAACGAGCUCCACAAGAUUGUCCGCAUCGGCGACGACUACCGUUUCGGCAAUGACUACUCUUUCCCUUGCACAAUCGAAACCGCUUAUCGCUCUAAACAUGUUCAAGCUAAUCGCUACACUCUCGAAACCCUAAUCAACUUCAUCAUCAAUCACCACCUCAAACACACAGAAUACAUCCAGCAAUCUCGUUCUCUUCGUAUUCCUGCCGUCACCCUCCCUGACCGUAAACCCCUUCUCGAUUAUCUCACCGGAAAGACUGCAUCUUCCGACUCCAUUGAAUUCCUCAAAUUCCCUCAACCUAAUGAUACUUCAGUUCCUAUUUCUGUUUCAGCUGGUGUUGCAGGCAAUGAGGAGAAUGGGUUGGGUGAUUUUAGGGUUUUGGAAAAUCAAAACCCUAUUGAGUUGAUUAAAGCUGCAGAGAAGCCUUUGAAGGACAGGGAAUCGAUUUUGUUUUGUAAGAACCGGGAUUUCUAUAGUGUUUUUACUUCUGCGUUGCGAAGAGAUGAGGAGCGGCAGCGGGCGGAAUCGUUGCAGAGAAAAGAUGGGUUGGUUGCAAAGAAUCGGAUAGAUAGAGGGUAUGGAGGCGGUGAUGAAAUAGGAUAUGAUGGAGGGCCCAAGGCGAAAAUGCAUUUGAAGGGGAGUAAGAUAGGGGAGGGUGUUCCGAUUAUUCUGGUUCCCAGUGCGUUUUCAACUUUGAUCACCAUCUAUAAUGUGAAGGACUUUUUGGAGGAUGGGGUGUUUAUACCAACUGAUGUGAAACUGAAGCAGAUGAAGGGGUCAAAACCAGAUUGUAUAACGGUACAAAAGAAGUUUAGUAGGGAUAGGGUAGUUACAGCAUAUGAGGUCAGAGAUAAGCCUUCUGCCUUGAAGCCAGAGGAUUGGGACCGGGUGGUGGCAGUUUUUGUGUUGGGGAAAGACUGGCAAUUCAAAGAUUGGCCUUUUAAGGAUCAUGUUGAGAUCUUUAACAGGAUUGUAGGAUUUUUCUUGCGUUUUGAGGAUGAUAGCGUGGAGUCAGCAAAGACUGUGAAGCAAUGGAAUGUCAAGAUUAUUUCGAUAAGUAAGAACAAACGUCACCAGGACAGGGCUGCAGCACUUGAGGUGUGGGAAAAACUUGAAGAAUUUAUGCGGUCUCGGUCACAUUGAUACAUGCUGAGUUUCUAGGUUCACGUAGGUUCCACCCGUUGUUGGUAUGAGUAGCGCUAUUGUUGUUCUGAGGGUAAAAAGGGAUGGCGAUGGGAUUCUCUUCUAAUGCAUAAAUUGGAGGUCUGCUGCAAACUAUUUUGACAUUUCGGAUGAAGUGAAACACUCAUUCCUUAGCUCUCCCCAGUGGGUACUUUGUGGUGUUAUACUAUACAUCCUAUAAAAUCUCAAACAUUUUAAAAAGAUUAUACAUGUGAAAAAAUAUCAGUUUUACAUAUCAAACAAGUAUGAAUCUUACUGGCUUUAGAUGAAUUGUUGCUUGUUGGUGAGUUCUAAUAGCA